AUGUCCGCUGACUUGCAUCAGGUUUACACUCGUCGAGAACAUUUGAGACGCCAUCAACGCAAGCACAAGAGAGGUGCUUAUGCCUGUAAUGCCCCUGGCUGUACAUGUACUUUUCACAGCCCAGCUCUGCUUGAGCGGCACAGACGUCACGAUUGGUGCUUUCCCUUCGAGCUUCCCGAGAUAUACCUCUUCCGCUGUCCAUCUCAUCCCGAGCUUGCUCAUAGGUCUGGAGCGAAUGGUGGACGCUCAACUUCGGCUACACCAGUCAGCCCUUCCGAUGAUGGCGCUGUCUCAAGCAGUCCAGCAUCCGCGCACGCAGACUUUGCUUCAAGUGCAGAAGAUACCUUCAACAUCACAAGCUUUGCCCCACGAACUCAAUAUCUUCAGGUGCCGACCUUGAAUGGUUUCUAUGACAGGCAUAAUAGAGGACCCUCACAUCGACCCAUAGCAAGGUCGGGAAACAGCUCUCCAGCCGUCAUGCAGAGAACCCAGAAUAACUCCCCACCGAGCAUCCUACCUGGUCAUCCAAAAUCAAUUCCAGGGUAUUUUACUUACGACACCUCUGACGCGUACGGACUUGGUACAGACUCAACGACAGGACUAGACCUUCCGGUUCAGGAUGAUCACACGGCUCAAGGACAUCAACCUAUGUUGCGCCAUUCUAUUUCACUUGCCGACAACCAUCCGACGUUAAGUCUUCCCCAGUCCUACUUUUACCCUCUGAUUCCGGGCCAGCAUGCGGAGCCUCGCUACAGUGGCUCUAUUGCUCCUGAGAUCGACUCAUUGUCAGCGAGCACAUACGUUCAUACCUCACUACCAGUUGAUACUGAGCAUUACCAUGCCACUUUGCGUUCAUCUGGGCUGCCGGACCAGUCAUCUCAAAGCUACGGUGCAAUGUUUGAAGAUGCAAGACAAUCAACGACAGUGUCUCUGGACCAAGACCAGGAACAGAUGUCAUCUGCAGCACAUCCAUCUUCCUCCGAAGGCGCACACUUACAACCAACAUACUGCAUGACGAGGACCAAUGCCUCUCGAAGUCAUUCGACUGGCAAUCUGGAUGUGCAGCACUUGGCUAGGUGGUUUGACGAACACAGAUGA